GAGCGCGUCAUCGCAUCGUAUCCCAUACCUUGUACAUAGUCGCCUCACGCGCGACACAAGUGCGCAUCUUCCACGGGAGUUUUGUAUACCAUUAUCUCGCCUUACGUUUUUCCGGUAUCAUCAUCAUCAUGGACGAAUUCAAUCGCGAAGGAAUGGGACACUGGCGAUUACGAUUCCCAGCUCAGUGCGAACGAUCGUGAAUCUUUUCGUACACUUUUACGUUCUUGCGUGCGACGACAGUGGCAAACGACGAGGGGAAGUGGGGGAGAGAGACGGACGGACAGCCAGAGCGGAGAGGAACGGCUUCGGGGAAACGUUACAGUGUUACGUGUUUUUCUGUGAGCCUCGUCCGUGUUGUGCUCACGCCAUGACGUUGAUGUGAAAUCGUAUCUCAAUAAUAUCAAUCCCGAUGUUGGUCAUAGGAUCGUGCCAAUGUAACUUUCAUGCUUUUAACGAGGAGGAGAGAAUCCGGGGCGGCGGCAAUUCGUGGAUACCGAAGAAAGCUUCAAACGCGUUUGAAGCUUUCGAGGUCGCAUUCAUGGAACUAUGAACCUGGACUCGUUGUCUUUUACUUUGUCACAAAUCAGUUAUUUGGUUGCGAAUUUGAGUAAGAAAAAUUACGAGGACAGCUGUCAAGAGAUAUCGGUCUUGGUGCAGUGGCACGGUCUAGAAGCAGACCGACAUUUCUUGCGCUGUCUGAUCUCGUGCGUUGACUUUUCCAAGGGCGAACAGUCAGAUUCGAGCGCGAAAGAUUAUUUCCAAGCAAAGUUGCUGAAACAAGAGUGCAACAGCUUACUGAGCAAACCUUGUUUUAUAUCUAACCUGUGCUUUGCUAUAGAUAAUCCUUUACAUCAUCAAAAGUCGCUGAAUCCCUCCCCAAAGUUUUUUGUCAAUUUAAAAAAAACACUCGGUUUAACUUUGGUGCAGGAAGUUGCCUUUGCGAUUGCUUUACAGCAUUCAGAAAAUACAGAACUCCGUUUGUUAGCUUUAGAGCAUACUCAGAAGCAGUUGCCUGAAUUAAUAAAGAAUUAUAUAAAUUCCGAAACAAGCAAUAAACAUCACGAAGGUGGUCUGCACGAUUCUUUGCCUGAAGUCCUUCAGUUGAUACUUGGACAGGUUUUUCAUACCAGCAAUCCUUAUAAUAUACCUGUCGAGGCAAAGGAAAAAUUUCUUCAAAACCUUCGGCGCGACUUUCCCCGUGAACUGGUACCAGUGGUGCUAGCACCAUUUUUGUACCCAGGAGACGGGGAAACAUCACAGUUCAAAAUCGAAUUCAACAUGGCUGUCAAUCAGAUGGAUAACAGUACUCUGGUAGAGUUGAUUAUGGAAUUAGGAUAUAGCUUUACCAGUAAUGUGGAUGAAUGUCGAUCAUCAUUGGCAGGUUUAGGCGCGAGAGAAAUAUCGCCGACAUGCGUUGCUCGCGUGUUGGCGCAUAUGGCACGUAGCUGUAGCAAUCUUGAGGAUGCUGGAGGCUUGCAAUCGUUUUGGGGCAAUUCGGCUGCCUCUCAGGAUUCGAGUAAAGAAAAACCAUCAGACAAUAGUAUCCCCACGACAUGGAACGUCGAAGUAUUUAUUCAAACUUUAAAAGAAAUGCAAUCUACGUUAUCAUGGAAUGAUGUUAUAGUAAAAUUGGACCAUGCAGAGUUUAUUAUCAAGGAUAGGCAAGGAUUAAGUUUAUUGAUUACAGGUCUCAAAUUAGGCCUCCAACAUCAGGGAUAUCCGCCUGAUAGGUUUCCUGUCGAGUUAUUCUAUCGACAUUGGGAUAAUGUAGAGGGUCAAUUUUCUUUGAUUCAACAAAUUCUUAAAUGUCCAGAUAUAUUUUGUUUCGCCGAUUAUCCGUAUCAUUCGGUAACUGUCGAUGUAUUGAAAGCAGCCCCUGAGAGUGAUAGCAAAGAAGGCCAAACGUGGCGAUCACUGAAUAUAGUCGAAUUGCUUCUACAUAUGGCCGAGAGAGGCUUGUAUAAUUCUGUACAGGAAAUAUUUAAGUGGCCAGUACAACACUGCCCGGACGUGCUUGUUUUGGCGUUAUUACAAAUAAAUCCACCGCUCACGUUAUUGAGACAGGAAUUGUUUACCACACUAUUGCCGAUUUUCCUCGGCAAUCAUCCAAAUUCUGCUGUGAUACUGCACCACGCAUGGCAUUCCAAUAAUGCUAAGAUAAAGACGAUAAUAAUGCAUGCCAUGGCGGAUUGGUAUACACGCGGUGAUCAUGAUCAAACGAGAUUAUCUCGAAUUCUGGAUGUUGCACAAGAUUUAAAGGCUCUUUCUGCUUUGCUUAAUUCACAAUCUUUUCCAUUCGUCAUUGAUCUCGCUUGUUUGGCGUCUCGACGAGAAUAUUUGAAAUUAGAAAAAUGGUUGACAGAUAAAAUUAGAGAUCACGGAGAAGUUUUUGUUGCUGCCUGCGUUAAGUUCCUGCAACGACGAUGUCCUCAAGUCAUGGGGCCUGGUAUAAAGGAAGACCCUACAAUUCCUAAAGCAAGUCAAUUACCACAGGAAACGCUUACUACAAUAUUGGCUUGUUUGCAAGUUUGCGCUGGAAGUGUCUCUCAAGAACUUUCGGAAUUAAUAAUGACAAUGGUGCAGCAUUGCAGUUUAAUGUUGAGUAAAAGUACUAUGAACAGACCACCACCACCUGGAGUUUUAAGACAUCGAGGAUUAGAACCAUUUAAUCCAGCAACUUUGGGAAGUCAGUUAUUUUCCUCGAAACAAGUGGAUCCUUUGGGGAAUCUUAGUUCGAGUCUCGCUACUAUGGGUCUCGGCACAGGUCUCGGACCCCCAAGUAGUUCCGCAUUUAAUUUGCCCGGCGCUUUGGGACCUCUAGUUUCGGCACCCGGCUCUCCCUCGCGACUCAUGGGACCUUCUCCGAGUCCAUUUCCUAUGUUGCCCUUAUCCUCGCAACUACAUUCGGGUCCGGUUGGUACUCAAGGACCGUCCGUGCUUCCCGGUGGUACGAUAGGUGGAUUGAGUCGUCUCGGACCGCCAACCGGCAUCGAGAAAGCAAGGAUGCCGGAAACUUCAAGUCUAUUCCCAGACAUGAGUACAAAUGUAUCCAAAGAAGUCGAGGAUGAGGCAAACAGCUAUUUUCAACGAAUAUACAAUCAUCCGCCGCACCCAACUUUAUCGAUCGACGAAGUGCUCGAUAUGUUAAAAAAAUUUCAAGAUUCUGGUAUUAGACGGGAAAGAGAAGUGUUUAAUUGUAUGUUGCGGAAUCUAUUCGAGGAGUAUAGAUUUUUCCCUCAGUAUCCAGAGAAAGAACUACAAAUAACAGCGCAAUUGUUCGGUGGUAUUAUCGAGAGAGGCCUCGUCAACAGUUAUAUGACUCUCGGCUUGGCGUUAAGGUUUGUUCUCGAUGCGCUCAAGAAACCAGAGGGUAGCAAAAUGUACUAUUUCGGCAUAACGGCUCUAGAUCGAUUCAAGAGCCGUUUGAAAGAUUAUCAAACCUACUGUGAACAUGUUAGAACAAUUCCGCAUUUCAACGAAUUCCCGCCGCAUCUGAUAGAGUACAUAGAGUACGGACUGCAAGGGCAGGAACCGCCGUCGAGACCUCAAGGUCCAGUUCUUCCGAAAACUUUGGCGGCUAUGUUGGCUCCGGUUACGACUCCGUACAAGACCAUGACUACGACUACCAUCACAACAAGCACUACACAGGCGAAACCGUCCACAACUCCGACUACAUCUCUUUCGGCCAGACCCUCUAUGCCUUCAGUCGCUAAUGCAACUAAUAUCGAUACAUUGCUUGUGGCGACGGACAAAGAAGAAAAAAUUACGACGCCACCAGAAGCUUUGCAGGACAAGACAGCUUUCAUUUUCAAUAAUCUCAGUCAAUUGAAUCUGCAACAGAAAUGCGACGAAAUUCGCGAGAUUGUGACGGAGGAAUAUUGGCCAUGGAUGGCGCAAUAUCUAGUAAUGAAACGCGCCAGUAUAGAAUUGAAUUUUCAUGCCCUAUACUCGAAUUUUUUGGAUUGUAUAAAAUUACCUGAAGUCAAUAAAAUGGUCACCAGAGAGACAUUUCGAAAUAUCAAGGUUCUCUUACGAAGCGAUAAGGGAAUAGCUAAUUUCUCAGAUCGAUCGCUAUUAAAGAAUCUAGGACACUGGCUCGGAAUGUUAACGCUCGGCAGGAAUAAGCCUAUUUUACAAAUAGAUAUAGACCUAAAAAGUUUACUCGUUGAAGCAUAUCAUAAAGGCCAGCAAGAAUUACUUUAUGUAGUGCCCUUCGUCGCAAAAGUACUUGAAAGUUGUGCGAAAAGUCGUGUCUUUCGACCACCAAAUCCCUGGACGAUGGCGAUUAUGAAUGUUUUAGCUGAACUACAUCAGGAACCUGAUCUGAAAUUGAAUUUAAAGUUCGAAAUAGAAGUGCUUUGCAAGAAUCUGAGCAUUGAUGUUGGGGAAUUAAAACCGGUCAUUUAUCUGAAAGAUCCCGAAAAAUUGCGUAAUUUAGAGUAUCAGUUAUCGCAUCCGAAUAAAAAAGUGGAACCUACUACUAAUCAACAGCAACCUCAGGGGCCUAUAGAGGAAUUGGUCGGAUCUACAACGACCAGCGGUACCGUCAUCAAUCCUCAAACCGCACCACCUGCGAACACAACACCCUCGUUGCCAACCGGCGGCGCACCUGAACCACGAUUUAGUUAUAUGGAUAUAUCUGUGACAGGCAUCGCUAAUAUAUCGCAGCACAUUAGCAUCAACAAUCAAUUGCCCCUAUUCCAAACACAUCCUCAUCUGAAGCAGUUUGUUCGCCCAGCAGUUGAAAGAGCUAUUCAAGAAUGGAUUCAUCCAGUCGUCGAUAGAUCUAUUAAAAUAGCUCUUACAACUAGUGAGCAGAUAGUGAGGAAGGAUUUUGCAUUGGAUCCCGAAGAAGUGCGGAUACGAACAGCUGGACGUAACAUGGUGCGCAAUUUAACCGCUGGCAUGGCUAUGAUCACAUGUCGUGAUCAGAUUUUGGCAUCCAUCAGCACAAAUUUAAAACAAGCCUUACUCACGGCAUUGAUCGGUACGACUCCACAGCAAAAGGAACUUGCUGAACAAGCUGCAAAUGUAGUUGCUGCUGAUAACAUGGAACUCGCGUGCGCAUUUGUACAAAAGACUGCUAUUGAAAAAGCACUACCUGAGAUGGACAAACGGCUAAUGAGCGAGACGGAACUGCGAAAAAUUGCACGGCAAGAAGGUCGACGAUACUGUGAUCCUCUCGCCAAGUAUCAGGCUGAGCGAAUGCCAGAACAGAUCCGAUUGAAAGUUGGUGGUGUAACGCCACAACAGAUGGCCGUUUAUGAGGAAUUUGCCAGAAAUAUACCAGGAUUUUUACCGCUUUCCGAACGGGAUACCCAAGCACUCUUCAUGCCGAAACCUAUCAAUGAAACUCCCGUCACUGCAUUCACACCUAAUUCAGCCGUGACAGUCGCUACGGCGCAACAAGUAGCAGCUUACGCUGCGGCAGUUAGCAAUGACGAAGUGGGUGCUAUGUUGGAAAAAUUAGCUGCAGAAGCGGAAGUUCUUUUGGGUGCUAUGGGACCUGCGGCACCUCCACCGCAACACGCUGCUCUUCAUAGCCUUUUGGAAUCGAUCAUUUUGACUAGAAGGUCAAGAGAUGCCGGUGCGGCUAUGACGUUAUUAAAAAAAGCUGUUGAAGGUUUGCUAGAUGGGCCUAUCAUUUCUGGUGUCAUCGAAUCGGAGAAUCUUAUACAACGCUAUAGAGAAUUGCAUUUACGUAUCUUAAAGUGUCUUCAGGAUCCUCGUGCGUAUGGUAUGCAAUGGACUAAUAAGCACGUGACGCGUUGUCUAACUGAAUGCAGAGAAGAAUUUCGAUAUAAUUUUGAAGCCGUGGAUUACCUUAUAAGGUCUCACUUGAUCAGUCUUCCUCAAUAUGACGUAGCUCUAGCGCAAGCUAUGGAAGCAGGAAAUGCUAUGGCAACAGCAUUUGCCAUGCAAUUGGUUCAACUCUAUUUAAUUGAUGAGAGACAAGCAACUCAUGUUACCGAGACCGACUUAUUUCAUACAAUUGAAAUAUUGGCUCGAAUGGCACAUCACAGAACACCACCAGAAGGAAUCUUACUCUUUAGAUUGACGAGUUUAGUAGAUUCAUUGCGUGCCAAUCAUGAUUCUGGUGUAUUGGUGGACAGAGCUCCAGCAGGACCUACGGCACACAUUCAUUCUGGAAUCCUGCAGGCUCGCGAUUUCGAUGAUCCACCUGGAUUAAUGGAAAAGACAGAGUAUCUAUUGCGCGAAUGGGUGCAGAUGCAUCACAGUCCACAGCACGCACGCGAUCCCACCAAAGCGUUCAGCAUAUUUGUGCAUCAGAUGAACAUUCAUGGAAUUCUCAAAACUGAUGAUCUUAUUACAAGAUUCUUCAAGCUGAGCACGCAGAUGUGUGUCGAUCUCUGCUAUCGCGCUCUCUCGGAAACCGCGACAGCUCCCUCAAUCAUGCGUGCUAAGUGCUUCCAUUCGUUGGACGCAUUUGUACGUCUAGUAGCGCUCUUAGUGAAACACUCGGGCGACGCCACCAACACUCACACCAAGAUCAAUCUCUUGAACAAAGUGCUCGGUAUCGUUGCCGGAGUGUUGCUGCAAGAUCACGAAAUACGCGGUACGGAUUUCCAGCAGUUACCGUAUCACAGAAUCUUCAUCAUGCUCUUUCUGGAACUAUGCGCGCCAGAACCAGUACUGGAAGCUGUCAAUUUUCAAGUAUUGACGGCUUUUUGCCACACCCUGCAUAUUCUGCGCCCGGCAAAGGCAUCCGGCUUCUGUUACGCCUGGCUGGAACUAGUUUCGCACCGAGUUUUCAUAGGGCGUAUGCUUGCUAUUACGCCUCAGCAAAAAUGCUGGGGGAUGUAUGCGCAACUUCUCAUCGAUUUAUUCAAAUACCUCGCGCCCUAUCUUCGUAACGCGGAGCUCGCGAAGCCGGUGACAAGCCUCUACAAGGGGACACUGCGAGUGUUGUUGGUACUAUUGCACGACUUUCCUGAAUUUCUCUGCGACUAUCACUAUGGAUUUUGCGACGUGAUACCGCCAAACUGCAUACAAAUGAGGAAUCUAAUAUUGAGUGCUUUCCCAAGAAACAUGCGGCUGCCCGAUCCGUUCACGCCGAAUUUGAAGGUCGACAUGCUUCAGGAGAUAGCGCACGCCCCACGCGUUCUUACCAAUUUUGCAUCCACGAUACAGCCGUUGACCUUCAAGAAAGAGCUCGACUCUUAUCUAAAAGCUCGCGCGCCGGUUACCUUCUUGUCCGAGUUACGCAGUAAUUUGCAAGUGUCACAAGAAGCCGGCGUCCGUUACAACAUUCAAUUGAUGAAUGCCCUGGUGCUCUACGUGGGUACGCAAGCAAUAGCGUUCAUUCGCAGCAAAGGCCACGCUCCCAAUAUGUCUACGAUCGCACACUCCGCACACAUGGACAUCUUUCAAAAUUUGGCGGUCGAUCUCGACACCGAGGGUCGUUAUUUGUUCCUGAAUGCUAUUGCAAAUCAGCUACGGUACCCCAACAGCCACACGCAUUACUUCAGCUGUACGCUUCUCUACCUAUUUGCCGAAGCGAACACGGAAGCGAUACAGGAGCAAAUCACCAGGGUUCUCCUCGAAAGACUGAUUGUUAACAGACCACAUCCAUGGGGUCUUCUCAUCACCUUCAUCGAAUUGAUUAAGAAUCCAACUUACAAAUUUUGGUCGCAUGAAUUUGUACAUUGUGCGCCAGAAAUUGAAAAAUUGUUCGAAUCUGUAGCUAGAUCGUGUAUGGUGCAGAAACAGGUGCCUACCACGGAGACGGAGAUCCCGGAGUGAUAGAACGUUUCACUUUACACGAUCGUUAUGUGUACAGCAAGAUGAGAAUCAAUGCUGAUCGAAUAUUGCGUGUAAAAAGUUGUUGAAGAAUGCGGAUAAAUGUAUACUAUUGAAUUUAAUUUCUCGUGAUGGAUAGAUAUCGUACAUGAGUGUGUAUUGAUUUACAUAGUGUGUAAGUGAGACAAUUAUUGCGUUGAUAUUUUAAUAAAAAGAAACUUUGACUAUACAGAAAGAAGAGAAAAAAGAGAAAGAGAAGAAGCCUCUUGCAUAUUUCACUUAAUGUGUCUUUUGAGCAAUGUAUUUCACAUGUGUAUUAUAUAUAUAUAUACAUAUAUAUACGACGUGUUGUGUACACGCAACGUAAAAAUGUCAGUAUAUACAUGAUAAAAUAUGUCGUGAUGAGACAAGAGUUCACACGAUUAAGAAAUAGUGUUCAACAAAUGCAAAUGCAAUUGCAACAGACAUUUUUCGCGUGCGCACAUAUACGAUUAAUUAUGAUUGUGUCUUCGAAUGAAUACGAAUACACGUGAUACAUAUACAGAGUAAUAACAUGUUGCGCGUGAUGCGAAAUAGGUAUUUAUAGGAGGAAUAUACAUUUUAGAAGAAAUAAUAUUGUUUAAGUGUACACAUUUCAAAACCUGUGACAUAGUAUAAGGUAUUAGUAUGUACAUGAAUGUGAUUUUUUUAAGAACAAAAAUAGUUACGUAUAACAAGGGAUGAAAGAGAGCUGGAUAACGGA